AUGCCAAGUUGCACCACCCAGAAAUCCAAUAAUUUAUCUUACGAAGAUAUAUUUUUAAAUAAGCAAAUUCUAUUUAAAUUAGCUUUUUCAAUAUCUGAUUUAGCUGAAACUGAAUACGAUUCGUAUCACAUUAAAUAUAAAGUUAUUGGUCGGCUUGUUCGAGUUUGUACAAAAUUGAUUGACACUGACUUUGAUUCGUUGCUACAUCCAAUUAUUAAAUGCCUCGAUUCUAAUAUGUAUUUAACUGUUUUCGAUACAGUCAAUCUUCAACAGCCAAUAUUUGAUCCCAAGCAAGCAUUUUUCAUUCGCGAAUGCUUCAAUUUUAUUGAUCAACAUGGAUAUAAACAGCAAAUCAAAAUAGCGAAGGAUUUAUUUCAAUCAAUGCUUAAAAAUACUACUGAAAUCUUUGCUAAGUAUUUACCUGUUACUCUCGCACCGAAUGAUUCGAGGAAAUCGUCUACCAUAAGUGACCAAGAGAAGAUUGAAGAAGCAGGAAUACGAAUGCAAGCACUAUCACAUCAUAUUAAAAUCCUAAAUUAUUUUGCAUCAACACCGUCAAUAAGAAAAGAAUUUAUUUCGCUAACAAUUAUCGAUGAUAUUCUAUCUAUAGUUAGAAAAGGGCCUUUCAGUUUAAUUCAUAGUCAACUAUAUCAUGCUAAUGUUGGUACUAUUGCUUGGUCUCUGACUUUACUAUAUAAUUUGAUGUUCGAUAAAAAUUUAUUCAAAAUGCUUAAAGAAAAAGAUACACUUCAUAUUUGCGAAAAAUUUCACGCAGCUAAAAAUGAUACUAUUCAUUUUACAUCAAAAAACAUAACGGCAUUGUUGAAGCAAAAAGAUAUCGAUGAAAUACAAGAUCCAUACCGCCUGACAAAAUCUUAUUUUUAUUAUCUUAAAAAUACACUUAAACAACCAAAUCAAAAAUUUCAAGGGAUUCCAUUAGCGAAUACUUUGAACACUCUUGAAACCAUAUCUCAAAAUGACGACAUUAAAGAAGAAAUAGCUAAAGAUAAUCAUGGUUUUGAAAUGUUGUCGGAAUGUGCUUGUGAUCCCAAAUUCGACGAAAAAACUGUGCAACAACCAGCUAUGCGUAUAAUAUUUACUGUAUCGUGUGUUGGCGAAAUUGCCACCGAAAAGAUUAAAGAGGAUGAUAAACUACUUAAAACUAUCCAGAAGAAUACCGCAUCAACUGAAAUAUCAAAAGAACGGGUAGCCAAUGGAAUCAUGUGGAAUAUUGAAAACGAACGAAAGUUCAUGGAAAAUGCAAUCGAUAAGCAAGAGAGAGCAAAAGAAAUAAGGACACAGUUGUCAAGACCAUCGACUCCUCCCCAAUUGACACCAGCAAAAAUCAUGAAAAUUGGGCCGAAAACAGCACCUAUUUACAACUAUAUUCGUGGUGAUUACCAAGAAUGGGAAAAGUUGUGUCCACCAUCAAAACCGGAACCAGUACCAGAAGAAUCAAAGGAACCAGAACCAUUCGAUUUAAUGAUUAGUUAUUGUCAUGCACAACGUGAUAUUUGUCAUCGUUUAUAUGAUUGCCUUGUCAAAGAUAACUAUAGCGUAUGGAUUGAUAAAGAAAAUAUGUAUGGCUCAGUACUUGAAUCAAUGGCUGAAGCAAUUGAACGUUCGAAUAUCGUGCUUAUGUGUAUAUCAAAUAAAUACAAAGAGUCCAAUGCAUGUCAGCUAGAAGCUAAGUAUGCAUGGAAACGUAAAAAGAAAACUAUACCAGUUAAAGUUGAAGAAAAGUAUGAUCCAAUGGGUUGGCUGGGAUUGUUAUGCAGCGAUGACACUUACAUAGACUUUAUUAAACUUGGAUUCGAUAAAGCAUACAAAGAAUUGUUGAAAGAAAUACAAAAGAUUAAAAACUCUGAUAGAAAAUAA